UGUUUACUAGCCGAGGAAUUGUUUACUAACAGUUUAAAAACAAAAGUUAAGUGAUAUCAAGUGAGAAUAGAAGUGAAAUUGCGAUUGUACUGUUUUGUUUUUGUUUACUUUUUUACUAUGGUUCCAGAAAAAAAGCAGCUAAUCCGUUGAUCGCUUCUCCGCACUGGCUGAUUUGCGCAAGCGCAUAAUAUCAACUGCAGUAACACGAUCAGUUUCAGUAGUGCGCCGGAGAUGGAGCGAACAUGUCUGCUUGUUUGUGUGCUGGUGUGCGCAGCGGCCGGUGUUGUAGGCCAAGUAGCCACCAUGUGCCGGCCUAACGAGCGAUUCCUGUCCUGCGGCGGCUGCCAGAAGACGUGCGAGGACCCGGCGCCGGCGUGCGCGGCGGUUUGCCGGACCGGAUGUUACUGCGAGGACGAUCAUGUCCGGAACAGUACCGGACAUUGUGUGAAGCUGUCUGAGUGUCCGGCAACAUCUUCAGCCCUCAAACAAGACACCACAGAACCCCGCCAAGACUGUCCCGCCAACGAAGAGUACCGUUUUUGCGAACCCUGCAACAAAACUUGUGACAACCCUAACCCCAUGUGCCCAGCUCAAUGUUCCAGAGGAUGCUUCUGUAAGGGAGACUUGGUGCGGGACAGAGACGGCAGCUGUGUGGCGUAUGAGAAAUGUGCCAAGUUUGCCAAGAAUGACACGUGUAAGUAUAUCAAGCCCUACAAACUGACCUGCGCUCCUGGCCAGGUCUACAGAGACUGCGAGCCCUGCGAGAAGACCUGCUCCAACCCCAACCCCAUCUGCCCCGCCCAGUGCAACCGCGGGUGCUUCUGUGAGGACGGACUUGUUAAGAGCCCCAAUGGACAGUGUGUGAAGAGGGAAGACUGCCCGAGAGCCGAGGUGACGUUCGGAAACGAUCCCUCCAUCGAAGACUGCGCUCCGGAUGAGGAGUUCCUGUCUUGUGGCUGGUGCGAGCCGAGCUGCUGGGCGCCCUCACCCAUUUGUCCAGGCGUGUGCACCCGCGGGUGCCUCUGCCGGCCUCCCCUGGUGCGACACUAUAGCGGACACUGCGUGCAACAGAGGGAUUGCGAGCCACAGACCUGCACAAGCCCCAAUGAAGAAUACGUCUGCCGCUACGGGUGUGAGAUCCUCUGCGUAGGCCCGAACACCUGUCCGGACCGUCCGCGACGUUGCCAGCUCGGCUGCCAUUGCAAGAUUGGUUUCCUGAGAGACACCACUACUGGCCGCUGUCUCACCGCUGAAGAGUGCAAAAACAUAACGAUGUCUUCAGUCCCGGGUUCGAAGCCGGACCUGCCACCGAUAUUCAGAGUGCGGGUGGCACCCAAUUCGCCGAACCUACUAGACGAAGUCAAAUCUGCUGUUCCUAAGAAUUAAAGGCCGAUGCACACAGCAUGCUUAUCGCCCGGCCCCUCCAAUUUAUCUUUACCGAUACAUUGCAGCAUUUGAUCGGUCGAUGAAAU